AUGGAACGCUCUACUUACUUUCCAAAAAAAUUUGAAAGAGGUGUGUCAUCUAUAGUAGAUGUUCUUUUUAAAAAUAAAAUUUUUCAUUUAUAUUAUUCCUUUGAUAAAAUUAAAGAAUAUGAUGGAACUAAAAACCCUCGAAAAAAAGAUGAAGACGUAAUCAAACUAAAAAAAUAUGAAAAAUCAAAAAAAAAUAUUGAAAAAAUAAUAAAUUUAGGUUUAACUAUCAUAAAAACUAUAAAAGGAAAUGAUAGCUUUCUUAUGGAGCAUGUUUUAGAAAAUUAUAAUGCUAUUAAAAUAAAUAGUAAGAAUAAUGAAGGAAAGAAAAAGAUUAUAAAAUUUGAUGAUGAAUAUUUAAAUUACCAAUUGAAUAAUAACAAAUUAUUGGAAGAAUUAAAAGAUAAAAUAAACAAUAUGACAAAUGAACAUAUCAUAAAUAAUGAAGAAACAUUGCAUAUAGGAACCAACAAAAUGAAUUCAUAUUUAAAUAAAAUUCCUAUUAUAGAUAAAUAUAUAGAUAAGAAUAAAACUUAUUCAAAGGAAGAGUUGUCAAAUGAAUUAAAUAACUUCUUUAAUAAUUUUUAUCUUGAAAAAUUUCAGAUAAAUAUUAGCCAUGAUUUUUUUAAAGCAAGUGAUAAUGAAAAUCAACCAAUUUAUGAUGAUGGUACUGUAACUAGUAAAUUAUUUUCAGAAUAUUUCAAUAAUUGUAAAAAAGAUAAUAAAUUAAACAUAUUAAUAAAAGAAAUAAAUUUAAAUAGUUUAAAAAUAUUCAAAAAUAUUUUAUAUAAAAACAUUAAAUUUAUCAGAGUAUUUAAUGCGAAAAAUUGGGAUACCGGGAAAAUUAAUAGUCUUCAAUUGUCUAAAUUGUUUGAUAUGUGA